CGUGAGAGAGUGUGAAUAGAAUCUGGCUGAGAGAAUGGGCUCUGGGUUGAGUUGUUGCAUAGCUCCUAUGGGCGGACGCUGAUGUGUUUCCACACAAACCACAGCCUUUCGCUCCCAAAGUGAAAGCAGUGGGACAUUUAUUUAUGUUGCUGCUUCAUAUAUGUGGACUACAGAACAACUUUUCUUCCCUCAGCGAAAAAAGACGCAAGGACUCAAGGAAAGCCAUGGAAAGUCAAGUAUUUCCAAUAUGACCUAUGGUUUGGUCACUGAAUAGGUUAUUUUUGACGCACGAGAGGGAAACUUAAAACAAGGCUGUUUUUGGAGUUCCACCUCCCCUGUCUCCGUACAGUUUGAUUCAAAGUCAAAAGCCAAGAUGGCCGCCGAUUCCGUGCAGGGCGACGCCAGGGGCCAGCUGGUGUCGGAGCGGCUGGGCCUGGGCCACAACCUGGACCUGUCGGACACCAUGGUGCAGCAGAAGCUGGAUGAGAUCAAGGAGCAAAUCCGCCGCGAGAUCCGCAAAGAGCUGAAGAUCAAGGAGGGUGCGGAGAACCUGCGCAAGGUCACCACGGACAAGAAGAGCCUGGCCUAUGUGGACAACAUGCUGAAGAAGUCCAACAAGAAGGUGGAGGAGCUCCACCAGGAGCUCCAGGAGCUCAACGCCCACAUUGUGGUCAAGGACCCCGAUGACCUGCUGGAGUGCCCUUUGACCCCGGACACCCCAGCUAGCGAGGCGAGGAUGUGCACCAGCAACAGCCGCUUGGCCGCCCUGAAGAAGCAGAACGACAUUGAGCUGAAGGUCAAACAGGGGGCAGAGAACAUGAUCCAGAUGUACUCCAACGGCUCUUCCAAGGACCGGAAAUUGCUAGCGACUGCUCAACAGAUGCUCCAGGACAGCAAGACAAAGAUUGAGUUCAUCAGGAUGCAGAUCCUCAAAGGCAGCCAGGCCAGCGAGUUGAGCUUCGAUAACAACGACGUCAUGGCCAAGCCCAUCAUCAGCCCGCUGGACCUGCGGGUAGAGGAGCUGUGUCACCAUGCCAGGAUAGAGUCUGCCGUGGCCGAGGGUGCCAAGAACGUAAUGAAGCUCCUGGGCUCUGGCAAAGUCACGGAGAAGAGGGCACACUCAGAGGCCCAGGCCCGAUUCAACGAGUCCAGUCAAAAGCUGGACCUGCUCAAGUACUCCCUGGAGCAGAGGCUGAGUGAGCUACCCAAGAACCACCCUCGCAGCACCAACAUCGUGGAGGAGCUGUCCCUCAUGUCCUCGCCUGCCCUCAGCCCGCGCUCCAGCAUCAUCUCCACCCAGAACCAAUACAGCACCGUGGCCAAGCCCGCCGCACUCACAGGCACGUUAGAUGUCAGGCUCAUGGGCUGCCAGGACCUGCUGGAGAACGUUCCGGGUCGUUCCAAAGUCGGUGCUGUGCUGCUGCCUGGCUGGAGCCCCAGCGAGACGCGCUCCUCCUUCAUGAGCCGGGGGAAUCGCAACCGAGGUGCCAGCGCACGGAACCUCUCCAAGAGUGAAGACCUCUCAAAUGAAAUCAGUGCUGUGCUGAAGCUGGACAAUACAGUGGUGGGACAGACCAACUGGAGACCUGUCAGUAACCAGUCCUGGGAUCAGAAGUUUACAUUGGAGCUGGACAGGUCUCGUGAGCUGGAGAUCUCGGUGUACUGGAGAGACUGGCGCUCGCUGUGUGCUGUCAAGUUCCUGCGACUGGAGGACUUCCUGGACAACCAGCGUCACGGCAUGUGUCUCUACCUGGAGCCUCAGGGAACCCUGUUUGCAGAGGUCACAUUUUUCACCCCUGUCAUUGAGCGGCGACCCAAACUGCAGAGACAAAAAAAGAUCUUCUCAAAGCAGCAAGGGAAGACGUUCCUGCGUGCUCCUCAGAUGAACAUAAACAUUGCCACCUGGGGCCGCCUGGUCAGAAGGGCCUUACCCACAGUCAGCCCACAGGUGGCUGAGACUGGGACCAGCAGUCUGCCAGGAUCUCCAACACCCACCAGUCCCAUCAGUGAACCGUUGGUGACCAAGCUGGACUUUGACAAAGAGCCCACCCCGGGACCCAAGCAUUACCCUGUACCCGCUGGCAUCAGAGAACCACUGGCACAGGACAACAAACUGCCCGACAAGGAGGAAGUACAGGACGCCCUGGCAUCGUUUGACUUCCUGAACAAGAGGAACAGCAUAGCUGUGAAGUCGUCAGACCUAGACAGACUAGACAAGGUAGCAGAGCAGGAGAUCCAGCCUCCAGGCCUGGAGCUCACAGCCAUACAGAAGGAAAUAAGGGAAGAAGAACAAUUUCGGUUUAGUCUCAGAGACUUUAAAUGUGUUGCAGUCCUUGGUCGUGGUCAUUUCGGAAAGGUAUUGUUAGCCGAGUAUAAAAGCACAGGAGAGAUGUUCGCCAUCAAAGCCCUGAAGAAAGGAGACAUUGUGGCUCGUGACGAGGUGGACAGUCUGAUGUGUGAGAAGCGUAUAUUUGAGGCGGUGAACAGCGUGCGCCACCCGUUCCUGGUCAACCUCUUUGCCUGCUUCCAAACGCAGGAGCACGUGUGCUUCGUCAUGGAGUACGCUGCCGGGGGAGACCUGAUGAUGCACAUCCACGCUGACGUCUUCUCCGAGCCCAGGGCCAUAUUUUAUGCAGCUUGUGUCGUAUUGGGAUUACAGUUUUUACACGAACAUAAGAUUGUGUACAGAGAUCUGAAGCUUGACAAUCUGCUCUUGGACACUGAGGGCUAUGUAAAAAUAGCUGACUUUGGCCUUUGCAAAGAGGGAAUGGGGUUCAGGGACCGCACCAGCACGUUUUGUGGUACUCCUGAGUUCCUGGCCCCAGAGGUUCUGACGGAGACAUCAUACACGCGUGCUGUGGACUGGUGGGGUCUGGGGGUCCUCGUCUUUGAGAUGCUGGUUGGAGAGUCUCCAUUCCCUGGGGACGAUGAGGAGGAGGUGUUUGACAGCAUUGUCAACGAUGAAGUCCGCUACCCAAGGUUCCUCUCAACAGAGGCCAUCUCCAUCAUGAGAAGGCUUUUGAGGAGGAGUCCAGAAAGACGUCUUGGGGCAGGAGAACGAGAUGCAGAAGAAGUAAAGAAACAUCUGUUCUUCAGAAAUAUGGAUUGGAACGGAAUACUGUCCAAGAAGGUGAAGCCUCCGUUUGUGCCGACCAUCCAGAACUCCAACGACGUCAGCAACUUCGACAACGAAUUUACCUCAGAAGCACCCAUCCUGACCCCUCCCAGAGAACCCAGGGCGCUCAGCAAGAAUGAGCAGGACAUGUUCUCAGACUUUGACUACAUUGCAGACUGGUGUUAGCCCCCCUUCUCCCUCCUCCUAACACGUUGAACAAACACACACAGUGAACCAAACAACACAGCGCUGACUGACUGUAGCUCACAUUUGAAAAAAAGGCUUUUUUCCAAACAUGUUGAGGGAGGGGAAACAUCGCUCUUCCAGCCUUCGGGCGCACUCUGUGUCAUUGAAAGACCCCCCCGACUCCACAACCCAGCACCCUUGUUUAUUUUUAACAAAAUGAAGAACUUUUUUUUUUAACAAGAGAUUAUAUUUUGAGAGAAGAGGGAGGAGGAGGCCUCCAGCGCAUGUUGUCUAUUGUCUGACCACUGAGGUUUUCAUAUGAACUAUGUCAAAGGAAACACCGGCAACAUCAUGUUAUUCAUAGUCAGUCUUUUAUUUUUUAUCAUGUACAGAAUAUUAUUCAUCCGUAUUAAUGAGUCAUUUCUCAAGCCAUAACUAAAUGACUUCUCUCUGUAAGGUCUGCCAUAUUGUAUUAUAAGUGUUUUAAGCAUUUAUCACUGAACUCUCACGUGAGGUUACAGACGACACAUCUAGACUACUACUGCCUUUUGACUUGAAAGCCAAAGUAAGGGCUCCCUUUUAACUGAUCCUUGUCAUCUCCCCCACCCACACUUAUUUGUCACAUGCUUCGUAAACAACCGGUGUGGACUAACAGGGAAAUGCUUAGUUACGGGCCUAGUUACGGGCCCUUUGCAACAAUGCAGGGAGAACCCUCCCAUCGUUUUUUAAAGAACGCCUUCCUGUUUCUGCUAGCAAAGCUAAGAGCUGGCUCGCUCUCAAAGAAUAGAAUCCAGAAAUGUUUUAUUUUAAAACAGAUGAUCAUUAGACAAAGCAGUGCACCCAGUGUUAGCCCUCAAGGUACUGCAACUAUCCCUCAUUUACUAGCAUACAGGGCCGUGUUUCACUAUGUAAUGCUAUAAGGAUGUUGGAGGGAAAAUAAUUAAGCAGUAGAGCAAAGUUCUAGAGACAAAGGCGACUGCCGCUGUAAACGUUGUCAUUUGUAAGGUGCACACAAUAUGGAGACUUGUCCGACAUGGCUCCCUCUGGCGGGUUCCUAGCACCAUUAAGCAUAUGAAUCAAGUGUCUCAGAGGAGAAGUGCUGAUUUAGGAUCAGUUAUGCCUUUUAGAUCACAAUGAAAAGGAUUACAUGAACAGGGGAACCUGAUCCUGGAUCAGCACUUGUACUCAGCGCUAUACAGCCCCAGAUUUAGUUAUUGGGGAUAACAAUGCAUUCAGCUAGCAAUGUUGUGCUCUUGUGGAUCGAAUCAAUUAUUCUAGCAUUUCUAACAGUGGGUCAGUUCCAUUAUAAUUCAAUUCGAUGUAUAAAAUCUGUUGAACUUCCAUUUGCUACCUGAAUUAACUGAUUUGAAAUGGAAUUGAUUCCAACCUCGAUACCUCAAUUCUUUUAACUGAAGAUACCAGAGCCUGCAAUGAUUAGAGUUGGUCAAAUGGUGGAUCUGAAGUGACUGAUACAGCUGAUUACCAAAACUCAUCCAUUCAGUCCUGACAGUGGGACUAUGCAAACAGUCAUGGAUGUAUGAUCAAACUAAUGUGUAGGGUGAAGUUGCCUCCAGGUUAGGAGGAUUGGGGAAGUUGGCCCUAGAUCUUUAUCCAGGAGCUUAAACUUAGUGCCAGUUUGUGCAGACUAUGUAAAUGAAUCACUACAGGGGAGGGCAUAUAUGUGUAUAUACACACAAUUAAGCUGAUAGCACUAUCAAUAGGUAUUUUUUUAUGAUCUAUGUUUAGUGUAAUUAUGAAAAUAGAUUGUACAAAGUUAUUUGUCCCAGUGUUUGAAUGGCCGCUCGUCUGUUUUUGCAACACGCUCAAGCUUUUUUGAAUGGUACACCACAUUGAAGUUACAAGACUGUUGGCCCUGGUGUAAAGAAGCAUUUUGCUUGUUGGGGUUUGUCGCCUAUCAUGAAUGCACAAAUUAAAUGUUUUUAAUAGUUGUGCUA